UUCUUUGGUGAUGGCUACAAGUGCAUGCCACUUGAGAAACGAGGAUGUACCGAGGCCGAAUGGGCUGUGGCCAACUGUGGCAAGAACCAUAUGUGUUUGGUGGAUGCGAAAGGAGUCAAGGAUUGUAGCGUAUGCAAAAUGGGAUUCGAAAUGGUUGAUGGGGAAUGUGUCGAUAUCAAUGAAUGCACUGAACCUGGCCUAAACAUGUGCGAUAAGAAUGCUGCAUGUAACAACCUCAUGGGAACCUAUGCAUGUCAAUGCAAUAAAGGAUACCGGGGAGAUGGCUACAUGUGCGAAGACGAGGAUGAAUGCCUGAUGAUGCCAUGCCAUCCCCAAGCUGAAUGCAAGAACACACAAGGAUCGUAUGAAUGUCGAUGCCCACUCGGAUUCGAAGGAGAUGGAGUAAAAUCAUGUGUGAAUCCGUGGGAGCAAAGCUGCUUGGAAAUGGAAAAAUUCUGUGGUCGAACAAAUCACACCGCCUGCUUGUCUGUGAGAGUAUUUGAUGGGUCAUUGACAAGCAUUUGCGAAUGUGAACCAAACUAUCGUUUCAAUACGGCUACUAGACAAUGCGAAGACAUCGAUGAAUGCGCUGAAAAUCGCCACAAUUGUGAUCCAGCAUCAUCCGUUUGCGUUAAUGAAGAUGGUGGAUUCAGAUGUGAAUGCUUGGAGGGAUACGAGGGAACCGGAGGCGUCUGCGUUGAUGUCAACGAAUGUGAACGAGGCAUCGCUGGUUGUCAUAGCAUGGCAAUGUGCAUCAAUCAACCGGGUAGUUGCGGAUGUAAAUGUAUUCAUGGAUUUACUGGUGAUGGCACACAGUGCAAUGGUGAGUAA